AUGAUCGGCGGGAGAGCAAUGGUGGCCGAAUCGCUGGCUGCGGAACAGCUGCUGCAGCUCCCACACCUGGCGGUCUGGCGGCUGCGACUAUUGCUACUGCUGUCGGUGCUGGUGCUACUGCCGGGCGCAGAGCAGGCCGGCCUGGCGUGUGAGCGCAGUGGAUACUGCAGUCUGGGCAGGACCAAGCCGUACCUCGGAGAGGUGGACACUGCGGUGGGGCUACGUAGAGCCCUGGUGGCUCGGUCAUACAGGCGCGAAGUGAUCCUCAUGGCCACGGACGCCAAGCACGUGCUGGGCGCCAUUCAGGCGGUCACGAACCUUCGACGUCUGGGACUGGACAACGUAUUGAUGUUGGGCGACUCGGGUCCCGAGUGUGUUCGUGUGGCGUCCGCCCUGCCCUCCACUGGCUGUGUGUGGAUGGAGUGGGAUUUGCCUGUGGUGGGGGCGGAGAGGGACCUGGUGCCCGUGGCGGCCCCGCUGUGGCACAACAGGUACCGCCUCGCGGCGCGGGCUGUACGGAUGCGGUACAAUGUGUUCCUGGUGGACACUGACGUCAUUUUCUUCGAUGAUCCGUACUUGUACUUCAAGUCACCGCCCUUCGCCAACUUCACCAUCAUCAACCAGCCAGAGGUGCUGUACGACCAGCUGGACUACCUCACGGAGAGUGACCCCAAUGGUGGGGUGCUGUACGUACAGAGCGCGGCACCUGACGGCCCGGCAGCCUGGCUGCUGUCUGAGGUGACGCACAGGCUGCUCCGCUGGCUGGAGGACGGCUUUCGCCUCAGCCGUCACACACACCACAUCGCCACAUGGUGCAACUACAUGGACCAGGAUGGACUCAAGGACGCGCUCAGCAGCGUGCGACUGGGUCGCAUUUUCUUCGGGUUUGCCGUACGUGACUGCCGUACAGAGGCGUGGCGAAAUGAACAUCCGGACCAGCAUGUGGCCCUUCGGGAUGCAGUAACUGACCUCUUAGGGAAGGACGCCGCCAGCGGCGGUGGUGCCGUACGACAGGACGAUCAUGUUGAGUUGCCGACAGCGCUCCAGGGAGCCGCGGGGGAGCAGACCGUAACACUCAGGUACUUCGAAAUGCGGAUGCCAGCCUACGCGCCGUGGGACGAGAAGUACGGUCCGUACCUCUACCCUUCUAAGGGUGUUCUAUCGGGGCAGUGGCUGCAGCAGCUCCGAGAGGACUGCGGCUGCCCCUUGUGGCCCGACCCCGAGGAUCCCUCCUCCGCAGCCGCCUCCGUACCCUCCGAGCGCUUCCUGCUGGCCCCCCCGUUCCUGAUGCUCAACUGGUUCGCACGGGGCCGCAAGGGUUACUGGCACCCGGCGCUCACACCCACUGGGCCGCAGCAAGUGGUGGGGCACCUUCACUAUGUGCCAGGCACCAGCAUUUCAGUGGGCAAGUCAGCCGCCCGAAUGGCGGUCGGGCAGUACGACUGGAAGCUGGCACAGCAGGUGCUAGGGCCCCGACUGUACUUUUUGCACCAGGGCACUGACAACAUCCAGCCUGGUCCGGAGACCCAGCCCGGGGGUCUGGCGCCCCUGCACCUGCUGGCGCUGCACCCCUCCUUGUUGCGCUCCCUGGCAUACAUCCGCAGCUGGGAAGAGUAUGCCCAGUUGCUGAGGGGGCUGCUGGCGACUGCCAUAGUGCUAGGCCGGGUGCCAGUGUGGCCCGACGCCCCUUGCGCCGCCCCUUGGAUUGCCGAGUCCGGAGCGGAGGGUGCCUCCACGUUGCCCCUGACCAUACGGCAGGUGGGGACAUCAUGGCUCCCGGGAGGGGUAGAAGAGGGCAAGGAGGGGGCUCUACAAGCUCUCAUCUACGUCAUCUCCCUUAUCGCCGUACGGCCGUCGAAUGUCUGCCAGGAGUUCAUCCCAUACGGCACGCAUGCGGCAGACCUGUGGUGCAUGUGGUUGCCGCUCCUCACGGAGGGAUGUUUGUUCGACGGUCGGGGCAUGCUGACACUGGAGUUUGCGCAUUGGAGGAGCAAGAUGUUGAUGUUGCCGUACAUCGAUCCGGACGAGCGAAACACAAUUGGGCUCGUGUCAGCGGAGCUGGGCGCUACUGGGGUCCCCACCUCCAACGGCUCCAAUCCCACCUUGAGGAUCUUUUCCCUGCCCCGAGAUGACCUGGCUCGGGCCUGGUCCCUGAAGCGCACCCACGUAUUCAGGGUGUUGUACUUGAUGAAUCCUCUACGGCCGGUGCUCUCCCGGGGUACCGUGGAGACCAACAGGCUGAAUAUGGUGCAGGAUAUAUGCAAGGCAACCAACCAUGAAGAAAUGGUUCAGGACCUGAAGGACAAGCCGUACAAGGAGCCCACCAUGCCCAACCUGGAGCUCAAGGCGGCGGCAGUGGGUGUCGACGGUCUCAUCCGUGCCGCCCCGGCCAUCCCUGGAUACAACGUGCCCCCCGGGACGGAACCCCAGCAACAUGAUCAGCAGGUGGAGCAGAAUACCGGGGACAGCGUGCCUGUGGACGGUACUACCCCUGAAGCUGCAGUAGAUGCAGCCGCUGCCGCGGCGAUUUUAGCGGCGGCGGCCGCUGCCGCUGCCGCCGCGGCGGGACCCCCAGGCGACUCUCAGGCGCAGGCGGCGGUUGCGGCGCGUGCUGACAGCCCCGGCAGCGCAAGCAUCCUUGUCGGAGCUGGUGCCGCCGCCAGUAGCACUACAGCCUACGGAGGAGGAGCAACAAUCCUGGCAGGGAAUACGGAGGCCAUGCCUGAGGAGUACGAUAGUGCAAUGGCGGCAGCCGGAUGGAGCCACCGACAAGCCAUUCGCGGCGCACGUCGCUUUGACGCUGUCAGCCUCGGCGACGGCGGCGGGCUGGACCACGGCAUCGGCGGCUUAGGCAGCGCGCUUGCUCUUGAUGACGGCGGCGGCGACGAUGAUGACGGCGGCGGCGCCGGAUGGGGGUUCCGGGCACACCGCACCGUGGCUGGCACCCGCCGCUUCCACGGCACUGCAGAGCUGGUGGGGCACCGACUGGCAGGUCGGCGGCGGCAGCACCGGGUCUACGGCACCAGGGCCCACGGAGUGGUGCCCUUCCAUGCCGGCAGGCGCGACAACACGCGUACUCUGGCCGCUGGCGACGGCGGCGCUGCCGCUGCUGACACUCCCUAA